UGUUUUUCCCCCCAAAUAUUUUUCUGCACCUUCCUUGCCUGUCCCUCCAUGCAAAAACCCUAAUUACCUCCUCUCCCCUGUCCCCAAAACCCUAACGUUAUUCAGAAGUUGAUCUCAUUUAUCAUCAACAAAACGCUCAAUUCUUUUCACCGUGCGUCUCUGGUUAUUCGUUGCCAUCUCUGUUCAUCCAAUUUAAGUAUUUUCAAAGAUGUCCAGUGCUUUGGACAUGACUCUUGAGGAUCUGAUAAAAAACAACAAGAAAUCUGGAGGGGGUAAUUUCAGAGGCAGAGGCAGAGGUUCAGGCCCCGGUCCAUCUCGUCGAUUCCCGAAUCGCGGUGCUAAUCGAACGGCGCCUUAUUCGACGGGAAAGCCGGUUCAAGCUCCCGAUUCAGCAUGGCAGCACGAUAUGUUCACAGAUCAGGCGGCGGCUUAUCCGGCGCAGGCGGCUCGAACUUCUGCAAUAGAAACUGGCACCAAGCUUUACAUCUCCAACUUAGAGUAUGGCGUCUCGAACGAGGACAUCAAGGAGCUCUUUUCAGAGGUUGGUGACCUGAAACGAUAUACAGUCCAUUAUGACAGGAGCGGAAGAUCGAAGGGGACGGCAGAAGUUGUCUUUUCACGCCGGGCAGAUGCUCUAGCUGCUGUCAAGAGGUAUAACAAUGUUCAGCUUGAUGGGAAGCCAAUGAAAAUUGAGGUUGUAGGGACAAAUAUUGCGACGCCUGUUGCUGUUCCACCAGCUGCAAAUGGCGGCUUUGGAAAUCCAAAUGGUGUUCCCAGAAGUGGACAAGGAAGAGGUGGAGCCAUGGGACGGUCUCGAGGUGGUGGUGGUCGUGGAUUUGGAAGGGGCCGUGGGCGGAGAAGAGACCGUGGUGAGCAGAUAUCUGCAGAAGAUCUUGAUGCUGAUUUAGAGAAGUACCAUUCAGAAGCAAUGCAAAUAAAUUGAAGGUGAACUUUUUUGGCUUCAUAGUUCUGCUAUAACAUUAUAAAUACGUCGUUGCUCAAGGAUGUAUACUUUUACCAACAUGCUACUCUUACAAGGAGGAAAAUACAGUGAGGAGAUUGUUGUGUCUGGUUUAUGGAGCCAGGGCCUUUUAUUGCUCGUUUGAAUUUGACAUGGUACUUGCGUUAAUAGACAGCUGCAGACUGUUUCUGUGAUCUCUCCUUUUGUCUUAUUAGCUGUUUUUCUUCAAAACAUUUUAUUUGUUUACACAAGCGGAGCCAGGGAAAUUUUUCCCCUUCAGGUGAUAGAAACAAUGGAGAAAAGAAUGUCAACAAAUUGAAUUGUAACGGGGCUUUAACACUUCAACACUAAAUCGUGCGUUGUUAAGCAGGUGGGAUGUCAGUUGAAGGUAGUUGUUUUUGUCAAUUUCUUUUUUCUCCCUAUCAUUUUUUUGGAGAAAAAAAGGUCAACAUAUUGAGUUGUAGCGGAGCUUUGGCAUUUCAUCAUCAUGCGCUGUUACGCAGGUGGGAUGCCAGUUGAAGGUAGUUAUAUUUUAUUUCAAUUUCUUUUUACUGCCCAUCAGUUUUUGGUGAAAAUUUCUAUAUAUCUGAAACAUUGUUCAAAGGUUC